AUGAACAGUGAGCAAAGUCAAGGACUGGCCAGCGACAUUGUUAAAUCCAUAAUGACCCCUGGCUACACUGCCAGAGGAGUCAUCACGCUCAUGUUUUAUGCAUUUUAUGCUCUUUUCGCAACCCUGUUCCUUCUGAUCUUCUUGACCGGAGGCAACGGUCAUGUUGUGGCCCUAUUAUUGUUAUCUCUAUGUCUGUUCUUCAUCAUCAAAUGGUAUAUUGCAGAACUCGAAUAUAUGAAACGACAAACUGAAACCACGACUGCAGCGCGUCAAUGCACCAAGAAUCGUCGUGGGAAACCCGGUAAAAAAAGGCGAACCAAAAAAGCUCGCAAGUAG